GGCAGUGAAGGUCCAGCCUUGCCUCCCUCCCUGCCUACCUACCUGCCUACCUGCCUACCUCCCUCCCUGCCUACCUAGGUACCUCCCUCCUUACCACCCUUCCUCCCUGUCUCCCUACCUCCCUACCUACUCACCAGCAGCGCACCGUCAUGGUGGUGUUGGGGUGUGUUGUGGUGGUGAUAGUGACGGUGGUGUUGGGGUCAGCCAGUGGGGUCCAGGCUGGCAAGACUGACCCCAGGGUCCUCCUCUGCUACUACGCCUCCUGGGCACAUUACCGCCAAGAUGUGGCCAAGUACACGGUAGGGAACAUCCCGGUGGAGCUCUGCACACACCUCGUCUACGCCUUCGCCAUCCUCGACCCCAAGACCUUCCUGGCCAAGCAACACGACCCCUGGCUCGAUAACGACCUCCACAACUACCGCAAGUUCGUCCAGCUCAAAAGAGAGAAUCCCAACCUAAAGGUGUUGCUUGGCCUUGGAGGGUGGAACGACUCCCGGUCCAGCAAGUACUCCAAGCUGGUUGUUGACGCAGGCCGCCGCCGGAGGUUCGUGGAGGAAGUGGUCAAACUACUCCUCCAGCACGGCUUUGACGGCCUUGACCUGGACUGGGAGUACCCAGGCUACGACGGCGACCGUUCUGAUAAAGCAGGCUUCACAGCAUGGCUAGUGGACCUCAAGUCAGCCUUGAGACCUCAUGGUCUGUUACUGACGUCAGCAGUGAGUGCUGGGCGAAGCACUAUCGACACGGGCUACGAUGUCCCAAAAGUGGCUCAACUCCUUGACUUGAUCAACCUGAUGACGUAUGACUUCCACGGGUCGUGGGAGGAUCGAGUGGGCCACCACGCCCCGCUGUACGCUGAGCCGGGACACAACCCAGAGCUGUGUGUUGACUUCGCCGUCAACUACUGGAUACAGAAGGGCGCUCCGGCUUACAAGUUAGUAUUGGGAGUGCCCCUUUACGGGCGGUCGUGGACCCUGGCGGGGCCUGAGACGAGCAUAGGCGCACCCGCCACAGGACCCGGCCAGGCUGGACGGUAUACCAAAGAGCCUGGCAACAUGGCCUUCUUUGAGUGCUGUCUGGCACAUAGAAAGGGAGACUGGAGGAAAGUGAAAGGUGUCGGAGGACCUUACCUCACCAAAGGUGACCAAUGGGUUGGAUACGAUGAUGCUGACGCGGUCAAGAGGAAGGCAGAAUAUGCUGUCUCCAAGGGCCUGGCAGGUGUUUUGGUGUGGGAUGUUACCACAGAUGACUUCGGGAAUUUUUGUGGUGAUGGUAAGAACCCACUGCUGACAGCCUUGGCUACUACUUUGAGUGGAAGAAAGUCCAACACUGCAUCCAUCUCUCUACGCACUGGACCACCAGCCACAGAUCCGUUCACAAGAGCAGCACAAGGACCGCCAUCAAGAGACAACACUGCUCUUGUUGAGGGCACGCCAGCGGAAAGAAGAGACUCAAUAAGUGUUUCUCGAGCUGAUAACUACAACACAAACAAUAUUUUUACUUUAGACACCCCUAGAAAGAAUUCAUUUAUAACAGAAGUGAACAAUUCUGUAAAUAAUGUCAACACCAUAACGGAGCCUCCAGCUUAUCCAUGGUUGUUGCGGCCUUUCUUCAGGAAGUGGUCCGAGGUGAAGCCAGUCUCUCCUGGCCACUCCUUGAGGCCUAGGCUGCCUUCAACCACUUCAUCUCCGUUUGCUCGAGUUCCAUCUCGGUCAUCUGUUCAAUCCUUCCACUCUGGGUUUGUUGCACCUUCCCAGUCUGGGUUUGUUGCACCUUCCCAGUCUGGGUUUGUUGCACCUUCCCAGUCUGGGUUUGUUGCACCUUCCCAGUCUGGGUUUGUUGCACCUUCCCAGUCUGGGUUUGUUGCACCUUCCCAGUCUGGGUUUGUCGCACCUUCCCAGUCUGGGUUUGUUGCACCUUCCCAGUCUGGGUUUGUUGCACCUUCCCAGUCUGGGUUUGUUGCACCUUCCCAGUCUGGGUUUGUUGCACCUUCCCAGUCUGGGUUUGUCGCACCUUCCCUGUCUGGGUUUGUUGCACCUUCCCAGUCUGGGUUUGUUGCGCCUUCCCAGUCUGGGUUUGUUGCACCUUCCCAGUCUGGGUUUGUCGCACCUUCCCAGUCUGGGUUUGUUGCACCUUCCCAGUCUGGGUUUGUUGCACCUUCCCAGUCUGGGUUUGUUGCACCUUCCCAGUCUGGGUUUGUUGCACCUUCCCAGUCUGGGUUUGUCGCACCUUCCCAGUCUGGGUUUAAUCCACUCUCCUCCUCCUCUGGGUUUAAUGUGACGCUCACCAGCUGGAGGCCAACAACCCCUAGUGUGUCUGCUACACUCUCGCUCACACUGCAGGCAGGGGACGCGUGGUUCGCAGAGUGCAGAGCUCUCAACUUCUCUCCUGACCCCGCCUCCUGCACCACCUUCUACAGAUGCACCAAUAACUAUGCCUAUAAGUUUGAUUGUCCAGGCGGCUUACUGUGGAACCAAGAUAAAUCGUCUUGUGACUGGCCCAAUGCUGUCCAGUGCAUUCUUCCAGUCGUUUCCCCAGACAUCCAGCGCUUCCUGCCUCCAAAGACUUCAUGGUUUUAAAACUCGAGAUAUUAAGCAUCUUUUGUACACUCAAUGGGGAAGGCGAGGCUUUGCUAUGCCGAGAUAGCCUCUCACACGUUAUUAUGUAUUUCUUUCUCUUUCUCAACUUUCUUUUUGUGAAUCUAGUAACUACUUAUUUUAGGAUUUCUUGUUUUGCAUUUAUGAAAGUGCAGUUUACCUCCGUGCUAUUGUCACUUGGAUUGUCAGUUUGGUAUUUACUACUUCCACGUUUGGUACCUUUCUGUCUACUGCUACCAGGUUUGGUACUUUUCUCUCUACUGCUACCAGGUUUGGUACCUUUCUGUCUACUGCUACCAGGUUUGGUACUUUUCUCUCUACAGCUUCCAGGUUUGGUACCUUUCUCUCUACUGGUCCCAGGUUUGGUACUUUUCUCUCUACAGCUUCCAGGUUUGGUACCAUUCUCUCUACAGCUUCCAGGUUUGGUACCAUUCUCUCUACUGGUCCCAGGUUUGGUACUUUUCUCUCUACAGCUUCCAGGUUUGGUACCUUUCUCUCUACUGGUCCCAGGUUUCGUACCAUUCUCUCUACUGGUCCCAGGUUUGGUACCUUUCUCUCUACUGCUCCCAGGUUUGGUACCUUUCUCUUUACUGCUCCCAGGUUUGGUACCUUUCUCUCUACUGCUCCCAGGUUUGGUACCUUUCUCUCUACUGCUUCAAGGUUUGGUACCUUUUCUUUGUGAUUUACUUAAUUUUCUGUAGCUUCGUCUCCAUAAGAGAUGGAGGAGCACUGCCUCUUAAACUGCUGAUUGCCAAGUCCACAGUUGCAUUCUCUCCUUCAUUUUCCUUAAACAGUCCUGUUAGUUAUGGCUCUCAAACACAUCAGUUCACUCGCCACAGAACUCUCACAGAGCACAUAUUGCUUCCUUUUGUCUUAAAUACAUUAUUUCUUUAUAUUAUGAAACAUUUAACACAGUUUUCCUUUUCAAGCUCAUAAAUUUACUUUGUUGUUGGAUUGUUGUCGUCCUUGAAGCACUCAAAUCAUUCUCAUGCUUGCAAUUGCUUCCUGGGGUCAACAUUCUUCACCAACGUAUUAAAAUACAGUUGGUAUUUCUGCACAGUUGACGGGACUUGACUCCUGCAACACAACGAAAGAUACACCAAAACUGUAACAGUUUGUUUUAGUUCAAAUAUUAUUAUUCCUUGUGCCAUAUGUAUACUCCUUAAGAGGUAGCAAGAGUGCCUUGCCCACUGUAUUCGAUUAAAUACAGCAUUAUAUUAUAAAACUAUAAUAGUGCUGUGGUUUGAAAAACUGCAUCGCUGUAUAUGCUAUGUAAUAAACAUUGUAUAAUUACAAUUAGUUGUUAAUAGAAUAUAUA